AAUGAAAAUGCAGGUUAUUCUCGCCCUAGCCAAUCAGGCGCCGCCGUGGAGGGGACGUUAAUGAAAGAUACAUUUUUGGACACGAGGAGUCAGUGUUUGGGAUUAAUGAGGCACCGCGGACCGGCCGAUUUCAACAUGGUUUCCGCGGCUUACAUUUUCACAUGGAGUUUGUUUGCGUGCUCGCUGGCGAGACAUUUCCACGCGAGGCAAAAGUCGUUUGCGGGGAGGCCGACGAGAGAGUUGAGGGGUGAUGAGGAGCGAGGCAGUUGGGAAAAGUUGGAGGUGUCGGAACGCGACGGGGCAGGACUGAAUGACCACUCAUGCCCAAGUUUUCCUGGAGUCGAGUCAGCGAUGUUAAACAACACUCACACUUUCAACUUUAAAGUGAGGACCAUGGGCUUCCUGUCACUUGCUUGGGUAGGAGAUGAAUCUGGGGUGAUUCUGGUGCUGACCACGUUCCAGGUGCCUUUGUAUGUGAUGCGAUUUGGCCAGUCGAACCUCUACAGGAGUGAAGACUACGGGAAGACAUUCACUGAUGUGACACACCUGAUCAACCACACCUUCAUCCAGACGGAGUUUGGCAUUGCUGUCAGCCCGGAUCACUCUGGCAAGGUGAUUCUGACAGGUGAUGUGUCUGAAAUUAGAGGAUUCCGAUUAUUUCGCUCACGAAACUUCGCCCAGUCCUUUGUGACAUCGGAACUACCCUUUGAGCCCUUAAUUCAAAUGCUGUACAACCCUGGAGACAGCAACGUACUUCUCACUCUCAGCGUCAAGUUGGAUUUGUGGAUCUCAGAGGAUUUUGGCGCCACCUGGCGGAGGAUUCAUGACAGAGUUUGCCUGGUCAGAUGGGGUUCAAAGAAUAGCAUUUACUUCACGACAAACUACAACGGAUCGUGCAAUGACAAAGGAAUGUUGGAGUUAAGGAAAACGACAGACUAUGGUAGAAGCUUCCAGACAAUCGCAACAAGAGUGUACUCGUUUGUACUAGGGGGUCGCUUUGUUUUUGCCUCCAUUAUGACGGGAAAGGACACUGAGCGCAUGAUACAUGUCUCUGUGAAUGGAGGAGAUCUAUGGAACAUAGCUCAGCUUCCUGCAGUCAACCAUGAGCAGUUUUAUUCCAUUUUGGCAGCCAAUGAAAACAUGAUAUUCAUGCACGUGGAUGACCCAGAAGAUUCUGGGAUUGGAACAAUCUAUGUGUCUGAUGACAGAGGAACUGUGUUCUCCAAGUCUUUGGAGCGCCAUCUCUAUACCACCACAGGAAGUGACACUGACUUCACCACCAUUACUUCACUCAGGGGUGUUUACAUGACCAGCGUACUCACAGCUGACGGAGUAGUGGAAACUAUGAUCACCUUUGACCAAGGAGCGCGAUGGCAGAGACUGCGUCAACCGCAAAACAGCCAUUGUGACACCGAGACCUCCACGGACAGGCCGAACAGAUGCAGACUCCACAUCCACGCCACCUACAGCACUGCCAUGAAGAUGAAUGUCCCCAUGCUGCCACUCUCCCAGCCGAGUGCAGUGGGCCUUAUUCUUGCUCAUGGCAGCGUGGGGGAUGCUGAGUCUGCUGUCAUGCCUGACAUCUACGUGUCUAACGAUGGUGGCUACUCGUGGUUCCGGUCCCUUACGGGUCCCCAUCAUUAUGCUAUUUUAGACUCAGGGGCUCUUCUCGUGGCUGUGGAGCACACCAACUUACCUGUCAACCAAAUCAAGUUUUCCACUGAUGAGGGACGGUGCUGGCGCACUUAUAACUUCACCAGUGACCGCUUCCACUUCAGCGGUAUGGACAGUGAGCCGGGGUCUCGCUCCUUGAAUGUCAGUUUGUGGGGGUACAGGAACGACUUCACCAAAUGGGUCGUGAUCACCAUCGACUUCAGGAACCUCCUCACCCGAGACUGUAACGACGAGGACUAUGUGCCAUGGUUGGCUCACUCUGUCGACCCUGACAGCGCCAAUGACGGCUGUGUGUUAGGCUACAAGGAGACCUUUCUACGUUUGAGGAAAGACUCUGCUUGCUGGAACGGAAGGCAGUUCAAUGGCAGGCAGCUUCUGUCUCCUUGUGCUUGUACACUGGACGAUUAUCAAUGUGACUUUGGAUACUUCCGACCUGAGAACAGCUCUGAGUGCGUGGAGCAGGAGGAUAUGAAGGGCCAUCCUCUAGAGUUCUGUCUCAAUGGAACCACUGAAGAGCUCCAGACCAGUGGUUACCGGAAGAUUCCAGGAGACCUGUGUGCUGGUGGAUUCCAGCCAGUCAGAAAGGAGACUGACCUGAGGAGGAGAUGCACAAGCGAUGCUCUUCAUCCAUUUUCUCUGGCUGAAAGCGGCUCACUAAAUGCUGCAGUCAUAGCGGUGAUUGUCAUAGCCAUGCUGCUGAUGAGCACUGUCAUGGGGGUCUGGGUGGUCAAGAAAUAUGUCUGUGGUGGACGGUUCCUUGUGCACCGCUACUCUGUCAUGAGGGAACACGCUGAAGCUAACAAGAUCGAAGGCGUUGACGAUGUCGACGCCCAGUACAUGGAAACGGGCAUAGCACAGUACAACGAGGAUUCAGAUCAGGACCUCUUGGAAUAGGUUGGACAUCGAUUGUUACCCCAUCCGUUUUUUUAUUAAUGCCUGAGAAGCGCACUCUUGCUUGUCCCACAUGCUGAUUAUCAUCUGCUUCUCAAUUUUUGCUCUUCCUGGUGGCCGGAGGACGCAACGGCAGGGGGGUGAAUUACCCCAAGGUUGAGCUUCCCACAAAGACAAGACCACAGAGACAUGCCAAUGGAAUGUGGAGGGGUGGGGGGUACAAACUCGGCACAGAACAGAAGAAAGGCUCUCAAGUCCCUGCGGAGCUUUUAUUUUUUCUGUCAGGAUGUUGGAGCGUCAAAUCGUGCUCUCAGAGAUGCUGCAGGGGCAUGAGAGAGGUUUUAGCUUACAGUGUUAUGGAACAAUUAAGUCAUAGAAUAUUGCUACUGAAAUAAGUCCUAAAAAAUUUUUGUUUGCCAAUUUCAAACUAAUUUUGAAUUCUGAACAUUUAAAACUUGCCCAUGAACACAGUCAAUGUAGACAUUGCAUUUUGUAGUUGUAGCGCAACUGGGCCGCGUUAUGUUUAAAUACUAUUUUUAGUACCUUUACAGCUUGGAUGUCUUGAACUUUUUUUUUUUUUUUGUAGAAACAAGCACUUUUGUUAUUAGCAUUGAAAUGUCGGCUCUCACAGUCGAUUCCCUCCUUUUGACUAGACAGCUUAGUGUUUUGUUUUGUUUUGUUUUUAAGCCUUUUAAAUGAUCAGAGGGGGGCGCACUUUAGAUGUCAGCCUUUUAACCAUACAGUUUGCUUUUAUUAUGGAUGCUCAAACUACACAUUUUUCUUUCUUUCAACAAAGUCAACAAAUGUCAGAGAUAGAGUACGAGUAAUAAAAUAAAAUUUCAUUGUCCUGUAUUAGGAGUAAGAAAUAGUAACAGUUGACUUAUUUAAUGUUGUUGAGUGACGUGAGAAUUCUGAUCCUGAUGAAGUACAUAGAUAUAAAUACAAAAAAAAAAAAAUAUUCUUGUGUGCCCCGGAAAUGUGUUGUAAAUUUCUUCUUUAAUUUGAGAAACACAUUUGGACAGUACAGGUCAAAAGGUGACCGUGAUUUUUUUUUUUUUUUUCCCCCAUACCCCUUGCUUUCUCUCAGCACAACCAUUCAUGUUACUGAAGUGAAAUACAAUUCUAAAGUUUGGAAUAAAUUUUAAGAUGCUCUACAGUUUUUAGUGGGUAGACAACAUGAAGCGUCAUCGCUAUUUUUCAAUCCCCAUUUUGUGUAAUGAAAACGAAAGACUUGAAUUUUUGCCAAAGCACUUUGAUUGUUUCAUUUUCUAAUUGUUGAGAUAAAUCCAUUAUAGCCCAGCAGUUAACAAACAUGAAGUUAAUCCUAACUUAAAAACUUCACUUGAAAUUUAUUUAAAGAUACAUUUCCCCGCAUCAAUCAACGCGUGUCACAAUAUUAAGAUGGUACAAAGAAAAAGUCAACUGUUUUGUUACUAUGCGUACACUCUAUACAGUAUUUUUAUGAUACGGUACAUACUGUCCAUCUAAUAUGUAAUAUGCAGCCAAGGCUUGUUUCCUCUAACAGAAGUGAUUAAUAUCCCAGCAAAUAAGCUAUAUCAUGUAGAGCUGGCCUUAUUAGGCGUUUUCUCAAGGACUGUUUGUCAGUUAUAAGGGCAAGUACAAGUGCUUGAUGUCUCUUUAUAUACUCGAUAGCUCUUUACUGAGUUCAUGAUUAACAUUUUUUGCACUGUAUCUACACAUCUGUGAGGGGGGGGAGAUGCAUUCUAGCCACAUAAGUACCAUGACUGUCAUUCAUUUCUUGAUAGGACUAAGGAGGAAGAGUGUUUGAAAUAAAAGUAUCACAAAGCACGGAUUCAUACACAUUUGUAUGUAUCUUUUUAAUGAAGUUAUUGAUGAAUUAAAUGUUCUCUUUCACAUUAGUUUCUGCUCCAUUUUUGUUUAAAUUGUGCAUGGAUGUAGUGAAUGUAUCUAUCCAUUGUGUUUAAUGGGCUAAUUUCCAGGUGGUCAAAUUCACUUACCGCGGUAUAAUAAAGCUUUCUCAUAAACUACACAAUGUUGUUUGCCUGUCGUUACAAGAUUUUAUUUACUUAAUGUAAUGUCUUGAGUGUAGUGAGUGACAAUCUCUGUUAUUAGUGCUUGUGGCAUCAAAGAUGGAUGCGCAAAAGACAUUUCAGAUGAAAGUAAGGAGACAUCUAUGGUUUGUGACUCGCCUCUGUGGAGUUUACAUGUUCUCCCCGUGCCCGUCUGGGUUUUCUCCAGGAACUCUGGUUUCCUCCCACAUCUCAAAAACAGGCCUGGUAGCUUGAUUGAAGACUCACUUGGAUAUAGGUGUGAACUAGGCCGUGCAUACGACAAUGUUAGCUCUUCUUUAUGGCAGCAAGCUGCGGUGCGUAAUCAAGUAUUGUACCCAAGUAAGCAUAUUGGUACUUUCUAAUAUGAUUCAAGUAAAUUCCUUGAGUAAGAAAGAACAGGGGAAACAACUUUAGUGACUAAUGUCUGUGUUAUAAAUCAGUAUGAAAUUCAUAUGUUGCUGAACAAUAUCACUUAAUCUAAAACCAAAUAUGAAAUGAAAUCUAAGAGGGGAGAUUUUACAAUAAAUAAAAUUAAAUGUGAGGACUUAUUUCGUGACGUUCUUGGCCAGGACACCAUUGUAAAAGAGAUGUGAUUUAACUAGUCUUUUACCUGGUUUCUUAAAGUUUAAAUAAUAAAAAUCUAGAUCCACGGGGAUAGACUCCCUCCUAUAAUUGGUAGGUGGCUGUGCUGUAUUCAAAAGUAAUGGAUCACUUUCAAGCUCAUGUUCAAUUGUACGGCACACAGACCUGCCACCAUUUUAUUUUUUGUGGCAGUUGAUUUGUACAAAUGUUUUCUUUUGGGUUAGGGUUAGUGUGGGCUCAAUAUGGACAGAUUUAUUUUCCAUCAGAAUUUACUUCCCAGUUACUCAGUACUUGUUUUUUCACUCAGUACGUUCUUUUAGUCAAGUAAUUGUUUGCAGGACUGCUUUUUUUUUUUUU